AUGGUUAUUUGCUUUCCCAGUUUUGAUAUUAACAUCAGUCGAUUGUUCACAUUCGUCUGUCUUCUCAGCGUUGUUUGUAUUGUUCAAUUUCAAUUGGUGUCUGCCAUCGAUGCAGCUCCUGGCACGCCAAAACGUAUCGGCUCCUCGGUGAACAAAGCAGUAACACUGAGAAAGACAAAUUUUCCAACAAAAGUAACAACAAAACCAAUAUCAGCAAAAACAACAACAAUAAUAACGACGACGACGACAUCAACUAACCAAACAGAUGUUUGUGUAGCUGAAAAAAUUGAUAAAACAGUAUAUUUUUUUUCUGUCGGUUACCGAGCAAUUUCUGGUGCACUGGUUGUUCCAAUAACGAUAUGUGCUAUAUGUGGAAAUAUACUUGUUAUUUAUGUUAUUAAACAUUAUCGUGAACUACGUGUUACAGGCAAUGUUUUUCUUGCCUCACUCGCUGUUGCUGAUGUUGGUGUUAGCUCUUUAGCGAUGACUUUUUAUGGCUUACAAUUACUAUAUGGAAGAUGGCUUUUUGGCCCAUUUAUGUGUCGUUUAUGGUUUUCAUGUGAUGUUCUAUUUUCAACAGCAUCUAUUAUACAUUUAGCUUGCAUAGCACUUGAUCGUUAUUUAUCUAUAGUACGUCCAUUUGACUAUGAAAAUACAUCAGCUGAACGACGCCGUUAUAUAAUGAUACUAUUCUGUUGGCUUGUUUCAGCUUUACUUUCGUUUAUACCAAUAUUUACUGGUGUAUAUACAACCCGUGAACAACGACAUAAAAUUGAUUGUUUAAAUCAGGUUCAUGGUCGUUGUAUAUUUGCUGUCAAUCAAGCAUAUGCUAUAGUUUCAUCAUCAUUUUCAUUUUGGGUUCCAGGUGCUAUAAUGAUUAUUAUGUAUGCUAUGUUAAUAAGAAUUGCUGAUAGAAAAGAACGUGAAGCAUAUCAAAUCAUGGAUGGUGUUGCUCAGCGUCGACGUGCAUCACAAUUAAAUCAAUUUUCUACUCACCAGCGAUCUAGUGAUGAUCAAAUAAUUGCUGAAACAACAUCGAUGACACAGCACAUAUCACGUAAUAAUAAAUUAACUGCAACAACAAAACCAAAAUCAAUCAAUGGACAUUCAAAUAAUUACCGUCGUGAAGGAAAACAUGAUAGUUUAGAUAGGGAUAUGGAUCGACAAGCAUCUGUUGAUUUGCAUAGUGCUCUCAUGGAUUCACGCAAUCCACAUAUGAAACACUUGAGACGUGAGCGUCGCGCUGUCAAAACUUUAGGCUCAGUUAUGUUAGCUUUCAUAAUUUGCUGGCUUCCAUUUUUUGUUCGCUACACAGCCUGUGAACCAGAUCGUUGUAAUUGGGCGAUCGCACCGCUUAUUGCAGAUAUCGUGUUUUGGGUUGGUUAUUUUAAUUCAAUGAUCAAUCCAUUUUUAUAUGCUUUUCAUAACAGAAAUUUUCGUGUUGCUUUUAAAAAGACACUUAGUCCAUAUUUUGUUUGUUGUCGAGGACGUCGUGCAAGUACGACUAGCUCCAUUGGAUUUCCACCAGCAACACCAAGCGGUGAAGCGCAUGCAAAUAUGAAACGGCUCAAAAAAAGUAAAAUGAUUCGAUCACUAGCAAGUAUUAAUGAAAGACCAAGUAUGAAUAAAAAGAAGUUAAGUGGUGGAAAUGUUGUCCUUGAAACAUCAAAUGGAAAUUUAACUGCAGGAGAAAAUAGUUCAUCAUCAAAACGUAAUUCUUGUCUUUGA